AUGCGGUCGGUAAGAGCUUCCAGCAAGUGUACGCACGCUCUGUUGGCCGAGGUAGCGCUGACACAGUGCGCCGCUGCGGUUGGGCAGCAGGCGGGCCUCGCGUCAACACUGGCGGCCGGCAUCGGGGCUUCCAGUCCACUCGCAGGGCGGCCUUAUAAAACAUUCAUUAGCAGCGCAUCGCGGCCGCUGGCUGCGCGCCGGAAAAUUAAAAGCGGCCGCGCCGCACCUGGCGCGCCCAUUGUCUGCGGCGGAAGCUGGGCGGCAGCGGCAGCACCGCGGGCCGCGGGCGGCCAAAAGCCGCGCCGCUCGCACGCCGUUACUGCAUUCACAGCCACGGAGGACGUGGCCGGUUCUCAGAAGGAGCUCGUCUUGGGCAGGUUCUGUGGCGGCGACCAGGAUGUCGGCGGCGGCAGGCGCUCAUACCUGAAGACAAGCGGCGGCUGUUUGCUGACAUCUUGCGGAGGCGGCGCGCUUCUUUCAGCAGGUAAUGGGCGCCUGGGCGGCCAUCAGAUAGCGCGCCGGCGGCUGCAGAUUGCUGAUGCGCAGAUAACACCCGCGGGUCACGUGACCAGAGCCCGCGGGCAAGGAGGCGGCCGGGUCGCCGCAGACGUCGCUGGACCUCAGUCCGCCACAGCAGAGGGGGAUGGGCGAUCACUGGCUAGAGAGGCCGGAGAAGGGUUGAGAGUGGGGGUGGGAGCAAGAUGGCGAGCGAGCGCCGCCGACUCAGCAGGAGCUGCCCUGGGGGCGGGAGGCAACGUCUUCGCUGGAGGUGGUGUAGGCGUCGGCGUCGUCGUCGUCGACUGA